UUAGGCAUGUAAAAAUGUUGCUGAAAGUUGUGUUUCUCUUGGUGGGGCUGAGUUACAUGGUGAGUCCUUCUUCCUUUGUGAUUAACACUGCAUCAGAUAGCACAUGGCCUGAAGUGGAGGAACUGUUACCACACUACAAGGUUAAGGUUCCACUUCCGACUCCUGGUACACCGUGUCCACCUUUGAAAUUACCAGAAUCUCAGCCAAUUGACUCUUCAGCUGUGCGCAAGACUAUGUUUGUACCUGCAAGGAACCGCAGACCCAUACCUCAUGAAAUGAAGCCUAUAUUACUGCCAACGCUGCCUUCUCCUGAGAUAAAACCUCCAUCUCAACCAAAAAGUGUACAGCUUUUGUGUCACAUUGACCGGAUUUACGUGAGGGUUCUGAAGAGUCUCUUUACUAAUCCAGAAGCUGAGAAAUAUCUCAAAGUGGGAACAUGUCCUGUGAAUAAAGACACACCUGAGCAUUACUACUUCCUGUAUCCCAUCAACAGCUGCAAUGUACAACGUCAGGAAAAUGAAAACCGUGUCUUGUAUUCAAACACUCUGACCUAUGAGCCUGUGAGCGAUGAACUGAUUAUUCGUGAGAUCGCAUUUUCUGUGCAACUGGAAUGUCAUUACAACAAGCAUUUCCGCUCCUACAGUGUUGGUUAUCAGCCUCAAGUGGAAGCAGGAACAGUUUUCUUAAGCUUACAAGGUGGAGUUUCACUUACACCUGUAGAUGAUCAUUGGGAACCUCUUGCUACAUGGCAGACCUAUACAUUUGGGCAACCCAUGUACUUUGAGGCCAGGACUCCUGCUAGUCAUGAUAAAAAGAGGCUCUACUUCAGCAAGUGCUAUGUUACUGCUUCUUCAGACCCGGACACUACACCUAAAUUCAUUGUGAUGGACAACUAUGGCUGCAUGGUUGAUGGCAAGAACAGUCCUCAUAGCAAGUUCCACCCUACUGAGGAUGUGACCACAUUACGGUUCUCUGUGGGAGCUGUUAUGUUUAAGGACAUGAUGUCCCAGCCUUCAGAAAAGAGGGAAAUGUUCCUUCACUGUGAAAUGCACCUGGGACCAGAAAUGCCAACUUUGAGUGCAAAAGCCUGUUCCUACAAGGCAGAUACAAAUGAGUGGGUAGAGUUGUAUGGAGAUGACUCUCUGUGUGCUUGCUGUGACACUUCCUGUCCUGCUCCAGAUCCUUCAGUGGGUACGAAGAUCAUCUCCAGCAGUCCCUGGGAGGUUAAAAGCCAGUACACUCAACAACCUGCACAGAAACACUUUAAAACAGGGGAGAAAGCCCUGAAUUAUGCAGAGUUUGAUCUCUUCUGGGACAAUGCUCAUGAGAAAGUUCUUGAUUGAUCCAGAGCACCCUGUGCCUUUGUUACAUGGUGAAUA